UACGUGUCAGUUGCAGAAGGGGGCUUAUGACAUGGCCAAAAGUAUUGUGCCUUUCCUUUCCCAAUUGGAAGACAAGAAAGAACAAAAAGAACGAACGCAUGAAUGUUCUCUCAUUGGAGACGAGAGAACGCAUGCUCCCACACUAUUCUCUCUCUUCGUCCGAGAAGAGCCAAAUCUAGAGAGAGAGAGAGAGAGAGAGAGAGAGAGAGAGAUUAGUACUAGCUGGGUUGAAGCGCGAAAGUAAGAUCAGUGGCGUUACUAGAAUCGUGAGAAAGGAAAGAUGAUACAAUGGGUGCAACGGCUGCGAAUCGCAUUCGGGACUUCAUUUCUAUGGCUUGUCUGCUUGAUUUACUUCACCCAGGGCUUCAGGUCUUUUGUGUGGACAGCAGUUUCCUACCAGCUGAAAGACAGGCUUAAGUUGUCGCCCUCAGCCUCCCAAUUGGUGUCUUCAAUAGCAUUUUUCCCAUGGAGCAUAAAACCGUUAUAUGGCAUCUUGUCUGAUUGUAUCCCAAUCAGAGGAAGAAAAAGGGUUCCAUAUCUGGUGAUUGCAACAGUUCUCUCUCUCUUGCCAUGGCUCAUUUUGGGCCAAGUAUCGUCCCUCAGGAGUUCACAGAUGCCCCUUAUGGUCAUCUUAACUGUGCAAAACCUGGGCUCUGCAAUGGCUGAUGUCGUGGUUGAUGCAAUGAUAGCUGAGGCUGUGAGGGUUGAGCGGUCCUCGUUUGCUGGUGAUCUUCAGUCAUUGUCAUGGAUGGCGAUGGCUUUGGGAGGGACCUGUGGGAGUUUGUUAGGUGGAUACGCUCUAUCAAACUUGCAGAUCGAGACUAUUUUUCUUCUAUUCUCCAUUCUACCAGCCAUACAACUGUUUUCAUGUGGUUGGGUCAAUGAGGAUUCUAUACGUGGUAAAGAUUUGCACGAGUCCCAUGAAGAAAAUGGAAACAAUACCGCAUCUGAUGCUGACAAUUUCGCAGUUGAGAAAUCCAAAACCAGUACUUCGAGAAGAAAAAAGAUCCAAAAGAACAGUAACAAGAGAUCAGACAUCACCAGCAAAUUCCAGGUUCCAGAAAAGGGCUUAUUGGUGUCACAAUGGUUCCAAUCUCUGAGAACAGCCACUUAUAGUCUUUUGCGGGCUUUCAGACAGCCAAUCAUUCUGAGACCAAUGACUUGGUUUCUCCUAGCGCAUGUGACUGUUCCAAAUCUCUCAACAAUCAUGUUCUAUUACCAGACAGAGUUCUUAAACUUGGAAGCAUCCUUUUUGGGUACAACACGUGUUGUUGGGUGGCUAGGCCUCAUGCUUGGAACCUUUGUUUAUAAUCGCUACCUGAAGAAGAUGAAGCUGCGAAAAAUUCUUAUGUGGGCUCAUGUUGGUUUGUCUGUAUUAGGUGUUCUUGAUAUGGUUUUAGUUUCUCGAACAAAUGCUGCGUUAGGAGUCUCCGACAAGGUUAUGGUGCUCUGUGGGUCUGCUCUUUCUGAUGCAGUUAAUCAAUUCAAGUUUAUGCCAUUUUUGAUCUUAUCGGGACAGCUUUGCCCUCCUGGAAUAGAAGGGACUCUGUUUGCCCUCUUCAUGUCGAUAAACAAUUUCGGGUCCACAUUGGGAUCAUUCGUUGGGGCUGGCUUGGCCUCGGUUCUGAACAUCUCUUCGGGUUCUUUCGACAACCUUCUUCUGGGUGUUGGCAUUCAAGUCAUCUGCACUUUCAUCCCGAUUGCUUUCCUAUUUUUAAUUCCAAAGGAAGCUACUGGGAUAUCAGCAUAGUUUACCGAUAAACGACUCAAAACUAAUGAGAUACCUUUUUCCUUUUUUCUUUUUUUUUUUUCCCCUUGUAGUUUUGGGUUGCUUACAUAACAGCAGAUAUCUAGGAUACACACUAGAAUUGAAGACAGACUCUUUCUUUGUUGUUGGUAAUGUGAAGUUACAUCUCUUUCUGUGUACUGUAUCACAUUUGGAGCUUGGUUCUCAUUCUUUUCAUGCUUGUAACUUUGUAGAACAGAUUUAGCUGAAUGCUUCAAGUUUACAAAAUCAAUCUAUUUAUGUCAAUAUGGGAAUCAGA